UGUAUGUGAGCGUGUGUGAGCCAGCAGAGCCGCCUGUGUGUUUACAUGUCAGCCUAUCAGUGCUGCCGGAUUUAGCGCAUCUGGAGAGGACGGAGGCAUUUCUCAAAUGCCCCUCAGACACGGGAUUCUCAGCGCUGCAUAUAUCCCUCUUUCCCGUUUGAAUCCAGCCUGUCUCGAAUCCUGCAUCCCUGUCUCCAUGCUUUCGGAGGCAUUUUGAAUUUCCUUGGCAACAUGGAGCUGCCUGAAUUAGAAUUCUCUGCAUGACAGUCCUGGUAAGAAGUAGGAUGGUGUCGGGGGAGGCAGGAGGGCACAGCUACUUGGUGUCAUGCUGGCAGCCCAUCCUGAUCCUGAUGCUAGGCACCGUCCUUUCUGGUUCCACCACCGGCUGCCCGUCCCGAUGUGACUGCAAUGCUCAAGAGCGUUCAGUUGUUUGCCAUCGGCGGAGACUGGCAGCUCUUCCUGAGGGCAUCCCCACUGAAACCAGGCUGCUGGACCUCAGCAAGAACCGCCUGAAAACUCUGGGGCCCGAGGAGUUCAUUAACUACCCUCAGCUGGAAGAGCUGCAACUUAACGAAAACACAAUUUCAUCCAUUGAGCCUGGGGCUUUCAGCAACCUCAUGAACCUUCGAAUUCUAGGUUUGCGCAACAACCAGCUGAAGCUCAUUCAGCUGGGUGUGUUCACAGGCAUGACCAAUCUCACCCAGCUGGACAUUAGUGAGAACAAAAUUGUCAUUCUGCUCGACUAUAUGUUCCAGGAGCUGUACAACCUGAGGGCUCUGGAGGUUGGUGACAAUGACCUUGUAUUCAUCUCACCCCGAUCAUUUCAUGGCCUCAGCAACCUUGAAAGCCUCAACAUUGAGGGCUGGAAUCUGGCCUCAGUGCCGACUGAUGCCCUUAGCCAUCUGCAUAACCUGUUGUCACUGCGAUUACGCUAUCUCAACGUCACUGUCAUAAGGGAUUACUCCUUUAAGAGGCUGUAUAGGCUCAGAGUGCUGGAGAUUUCUCAUAUGCCUGCCCUGGAUACCAUGACUCCAAAAUGCUUGUUCGGACUAAACCUCACAUCACUGUCAAUCACAAACUGUAAUCUUACUGCCAUCCCCUACCAAGCCAUCAGUCACCUAAGACAUCUUCGGUUUUUGAAUCUGUCGUUCAAUCCCAUUCAUACUGUGGAGGGGAACCAACUGUUCAAUCUGCAGAAGCUCCAGGCUUUUCAUUUGGCUGGCGGGAGAUUAGCUGCUAUCGAGCCCUACUCUUUCCGAGGACUAAACCACCUAAGAGUCCUCAAUGUUUCCAGCAAUAGCUUGAGCACCCUGGAGGAGUCGGUUUUCCACUCAGUGGGAAACCUGGAGACCCUGGCUUUGUAUGACAACCCAUUAGCCUGCGACUGUCGCCUGCUCUGGGUCUUCCGCCGGCGGUGGAGGCUCAACUUUAACAGACAACAGCCCAGGUGUGCUUCUCCUGAGGUUGUGCAAGGAAAAGAGUUCAAGGACUUCCCAGACGUCCUGCCUCCUGAUUAUUUCAUCUGCCAGAAAUCAAAAAUCGUGGAUUAUAAGGUUCAAGAAAGCCAUGUAGAUGAAGGAACUACCGUUCAUUUCACUUGCCGAGCUGAGGGUGAUCCAGUCCCUGUAAUAAUGUGGCUCUCCCCUAAGAAGGACUACAUCACUUCCAAAACUGUGGGCUCAAGACUUUCUGUGUCAAAUGACGGCACACUGGAGGUGCGCUACUCUCAGAUCCAGGACAAUGGCACCUACUUGUGCAUUGCAAGCAAUGCAGCUGGGAACGACACCAAAGCGGCUCACCUUUUUGUGCAUAGUUACUCCCCCAAUUGGCCCCACCAGCCAAACAAGACAUUUGCCUUCAUCUCCAACCAGCCAAGCGAUGAAGGUGCUAAUGUGACCCGGGCCUCAGUUCCAUUUCCAUUUGAUGUAAAAACACUUAUCAUUGCAACCACCAUGGGAUUUAUCUCUUUCCUCGGAGUUGUCCUCUUCUGUCUUGUAAUAUUAUUCCUCUGGAGUAGAGGGAAAGACAACACUAAGUCAAGUAUAGAGGUUGAGUAUGUGCCACGUAAAGAGGAAACAGAGGAGGCCAGUCCAACUGAGGCACCCAUACAAUUCAACAUGAAAAUCAUGUGAACAUCAGAAGGAAGCCAUGUGGGCUUACAAACUGCUGUCGGGGUGCAUACCAUUCUCGCUUCAAAUAUGUACUCAGUUUAUGAGAGAUAGAAAUUGCACAACAGCAAACGCAUCUUGACACUAUACCGUAAACAUUCUUUUUUUUUUUUUUUUUACUUCAGGGACUGAAUCUUUAAAGUCAAAUGUUCAAUUUCAAGUAUGUGUAAAUUUGUAUUGGCAAUUCUCAAUCAGUAUGUUAACAUGCAAUAAACAACGUGGUUAUUGUGUGUAACUAAGUUAAGGUAGUUUGAAUAAAGCACAUGGAUCACAGUGGAUGGAUUCCCUGUUUGAACUAGGUUUACAUGAUAGGUGGGCUAUUGUGAGGAAGGAGGUGGAAAAGAGUUUGCAGGAAUAAUUUUUCUAUCUGCACACAAAUCCUUUGCUUUGAUGGAUGUACAAUGCACAAAAUCCCACUACUAGUUAUGCUACUUAAAUGGCAAAGUUGAAAGAAGUUUCUCUAUUUUCUUUCACCAUUAGCAAUUGCCAAGUAUGACAUGAGUAGUAGGGGCAUUUUUAGAAAAAAAGAAGAGAUUAUAUAUGAAGAAUAUAAUCAUGUAUUGUAAUAUUGAGUUGAAUAUUGAAUUGAAUAAGAAAACCCCUCGAAUCUCUAUUCUCUGAUUGGAAUCAGAUGAUGACUUAGAGACAGAGGAGUCAGUGUAUCUCACCACCUGCUGUGUGUCAGUGACCAUGUGGCCUUUAAGUAGUUUCCAGCAUCAUUAAAUUGUGUUUUGAUGUUUUCUCUGCCCUCUUAGGCACUGCUGUCUGGAAGAAACUGUGUCCAACAUUUCGAACAGUAGCUUUUUUCUCCAUUACUUGUCACAGAGAAGUGAUUUUGUCAAUUGGGCUUCAGUUUUACUGUGUCUAUUAGUGAUAAUACCAGCAGUAUUUCGUUAAUACGGUAACAGUGGAAUGAGAAGUGGGCAUGUUAACACACUGAAUCAGAUAAAAGUAAGCCAUUCCGACAGUAUGUGAUCCUUUCUGCCAACAAAGGAAGUCAUUAAUGUAUUGACAUGUUUAGCAAUACAUAUUUUUUCUGUAUUUUAUUCUUUCCUUGUACAUUAUGCUAUGGCACAAUAGUAAUGCUUUUAAUGGCUGUGGGUUUUGAACACAUUACAAUCUAGAAGAGCAGAUUACUCAGUAAACAUGUUUUUGAUGCAACAAAACCAAAAGAGGCUGCUUUUCAGAGUGUAUAAUAGUACCUCUGAAACUAAUCACAUAAACAAUUCAAUUCAUUGUCAAGCAUAACAAAGUUAAUUUGUUUAUCCGUUUGGCAGCUUAUUGAGUGCAAGCACUCUGUCCACAUCCUUUGGUUAUAUAGUCACUGGUGCAUAUCAAAAACAACAUUUUUAAUUUGCUGAGGUCAAACCUCCUGCAACACUUGUGGUGAAUUGAGCAACUUCAUUGUGGGACCUCUGUGUUGCUUGAGUUCUGACCACUUUAGAUAGCUUUCCCCUCUCCAUGCAUCUUGCAAAUGGGUGAAACUGUGCCAGAAACCCCUACCCUACAUUAUUAAUUUGUUGCCUUAAGUAACCCAUUUUACAGCUUUCAGCUGAGCAAUACCCAAUAUGUAUGUGCAAAAUGGAGUUUUAUGCCUCAUAAGGAUUUUAUGUUCUCUAAUUAAUUUCACAGUCAAGGUCUGCUCUGAAGAUAAUGUGUUCAUUAACUCUUAAAAUACUUGUUUGAAAGGGAUGGGCAGAUGGAAAUUCUAUUAAAAUAAAUAACAUUUUAUACUA